AUGGAUUCUCCUAGUUCUUCCUCCAUGCUAAACUGUUGCUACCACGAGUUUUUUGCGGAUGGCGAUGGUUCAACCGAUGAGGAGGUUGAGCAAGAGGCGGUUACGGGUGCUUGUAAACUAGCGAUGAGAUAUGCCGAGCAUUGUCGUCGCCCCCAAGCAAAAAAAGGUAAAAGAGGUUAUAUUGAACGAGACCGACGCGGGGCACACGAUCGUUUGAUGAAAGAUUAUUUUGAUGAGGAGCCGACAUAUUCGAACGAAAUGUUUAGACGUCGUUUCCGAAUGAGUAAGCGGUUAUUUCUACGUAUAGUCCACGACUUGGAAGCCAACUACGAUUUUUUUAAACAAAAAGCGGAUGCGAGAGGGGAACUUGGAUUUACCGGUAUCCAAAAGUGUACCUCGGCGUUACGAAUCCUUGCUUAUGGAAACACUACCGACAUCAAUGACGAGUAUCUAAAAAUGGGGGAGAAAACAACGAGAGAUAGCUUGGAGCAUUUUUGUCGCGGUAUAAUUGAUGUGUACGGUGCGCGUUAUCUUAGAACGCCCACAUGGGACGACCUUCAAAAGAUCUACGAGGUACAUAAUGCUCAACAUGGUUUGCCUGGUCCUGAUUCACACAACCAUUUGUUCUUUGAAUGCGAGUUCUCGGCUCAAGUGUGGAAUGAUGUCAAAGGCUUAGCAGGAAUGGAUACAAUCCAGAAUAAUUGGACCGAUAUUUUUGAGUACUUGCUAGGAAUAGCGAAUGAUAAGUCAACUAAUCAUGUUAUUUCUAAGUUGGUGAUGAGUGCCUCGGCGUACUUUAUUUGGGAAGAGAGAAAUAGGAGACUGUUUACUAAUCGUAAAAGAAGUAAGAAUCAACUUGUGGAGGUGAUACGUAGCACGGUCAAGAUGAAGCUUCACACCAUGCGGUUCAAGUCUUCUACUCAGACGGAGCGGGCUUUGCAACAGUGGAUGCUUCCUCGUGGAUUAUUGAUUCCUGAUGAUGAUAAUGGCUGA